AUGGCGUUCAAGAAGCCCAUCCUCUUGGUUGCUGUUUUGCUCUCCAUCCUGGCCGCCACCUCCGCUAGUGUCUUCAAAGAUCAGUGCGUUCCAGGACGGAAGAUCCCGGACAAGCUCAGAGCCUGCCAUGGAUACGUGGCCAGACAGGUCUGUGGCAGCACAGGGGGGCUCCAAACUCUCACCACGGAGGAGAUGAAGGAGCGGUGCUGCCAGGAGCUAUCGCCCAUCCCAAAGUACUGUCGGUGUGAGGCACUCCGCAUCCUCAUGGACCAGCUGGAGACUGUGGACGUGGAGGGCGGCGGCCCCCUCAAGGAGCUGAGCCAGAAAUGUCCCAGGCAGUGGCAAAGGGGCUUCGCCGCCACCCUCGCCGCCCCGGAGGAGUGCAACCUAAAGACCAUCCAUAUCGACCCAUUCUGCAUCUCCCUGGGCUAUCAAGCAGUCGCGUGACUUCUACACUAGCUAAAGCGACCGGGAAUAAGUGUUUUGCGUCGAGCAUGUGUGGC